AUGUCGUCGACUGCUAAUGAGCAUCAUUUCAACAAAGAGCUGGAGGACGAGAUUCGGAGUGAUGAGCAACGCAUGGAGGACUACGGCGGUGAUGAUCCCGAAGAGCCUCCAGAAAAGACGCCUGUCAACUCGCCUGUCGUAAAGCCCGCGGGCCCGCCCAUGCCGUGGAUGAAGCCUCACGACCCAAACCGCGUCGAGUGGGACGGUCCGGAUGAUCCCGCAAAUCCGCAGAACUGGGGCAAGCCGUACAGGUGGGCGAUCACGCUCCUCUGCGGUCUGAUGACGGUCAAUGUCACGUUUGCCUCGUCUGCACCCGCUGAGUAUACGCUUGAAAUAGUGGAAGACUUAGGCGCUUCGACAGAACUUGGCUAUCUCAUCACAUCUAUCUUCUUGUGCGGCUACGUGGUUGGACCUAUAUUCUGGGGUCCCCUCAGCGAACUCCUUGGUCGGCGGCAAGUCUUCGUCUGGACGCUGUCGGUCUACACGCUCUUCCACAUUGGUCAAGCUCUCGCUCAGAACAUCGAAACCCUCAUCAUCACCCGCUUCUUCUGUGGUGUCUUCGCUUGUGCACCACUAUCUAACGCUGGUGGUCUGAUCGCCGACGUAUGGGAUCCCAUCACUCGUGGUCUUGCCAUGAGCUUGUUCUCGACGACUGUCUCGCUUGGCCCCGUCUUGGGCCCCAUCAUCGCAGGCUUCAUGGUACAGGCACACGUAUCGUGGCGCUGGAUAUUCUGGGUCAUGAUGAUGUUCGCCGGAACCUGCACAGUGCUCACCAUCAUAUUCUUGCCGGAAACCUACGCGCCCGUAUUGCACAAGUGGAAGGCUCAGCGUCUGCGUAAGGAAGACUCGGAAAAGAACAAGGAUCUCUAUGCCGAGAGUGAGCGCGGAGAUUGGAGUGCAAAGGGCCUUUUCGACCGCACGAUCAAGCGUCCCUUCGUCAUGUUGCUCGUGGAGCCUAUCCUUCUCCUCAUCACGCUGUACAUGUCAAUCGUCUACGGAGUUCUCUACGCACUGUUUGAGGCACUGCCGAUCAUCUACAUGGAAACCCGUGGCCUUACCGUCUCUCAAGGUGGCCUUACAUUCAUUGCUGUCGGUAUCGGUACGACCAUCGGCGCGAUGCUCAACAUUUACCUGUCGCGCAUGUAUCCGCGUCUUAUGAGGGAGUCUCGCGGUUUCCCACUCGCCGAGUACCGGUUGUACAGCGCUAUGGUGGGAGCUCCGGCAUUCGCUAUCGGGGCGUUCUGGCUCGCGUGGAGUGGUCACUACGCGAGCGUCCCGUGGUAUGUACCCGCGCUCAGUACCAUCUUUAUCGGUAUGAGCUUCAGCAUGAUCUUCAUUUCUUUCCUGAGCUAUGUCGUCGACACCUACUUGAUGUACGCAGCAUCCGCAUUGUCUGCCAACACGAUCAUUCGUUCCGCGGUUGCUGCUGGCUUCCCGUUAUUCACGGUCCAGAUGAUCCACGGUAUGGGUAUCAAUUGGGCGCUUUCGCUUGUCGCGUUCAUUGCGCUUGCAUGCACGCCUAUGCCCUUCCUGUUCUUCAAGUAUGGUCCACGUAUCCGCCAAGGCUCCAAGUUCGCGCCGUGCAUUGAUCUGAAGAUCAAGGCGGCUAUUGAGGCAGAGAAGGCCGCAGAGAAGGCCACUGGUGCCGAGAAGGUUUGA